AUGACAGGCACCCAACAAAAUCAAGCAAAGGCGCCGGGAUCCGCGGCAAACCCCGCUCUCUCUCUAGACGAAUCUGCACUCGAAUCGACUUACGCCGCACUAAGAGGCAUUGCGGCGCCAAUAACGCGACUCCCAUCAAAAGUGCUGGGUCAGGUAUUCGUCCGCUGCCUCCCGGCGACCAACUUGAACGCGGUCCUCUGCGCAGAGUUGCCGCCGCUCGUCCUUGGGCGUGUAUGUAGCGGGUGGCGCACGGCGGCGUGGACGACGCCGGUGUUAUGGACGAGGCUCCACGUGGCAGUCGCUCACGUGUGUGCGCGGCCCGGGGCGGCCGCUGCCAUUGAGGCUUGGGUCCAGCGGGCUGACUACUUGCCGUUGAGGCUGUCGGUGGCGUAUCGCCCGGGCCAGUCAGUGGACGCCGGCUUCCUCCGGUGGCUCAUGGCGCUUUGCGAGGGCCGGCUCGCGCAUCUGCAGCUGAUUGACCCGCCGCUGGCGCUGGAUGCGGAUCUCCAAAGCGUGCGCUCUUUGCGGAUCACAAGCACCCCCGAUGCGCUUGGGCAUCGUGACCACGCGAUGUGGGCCGUGCCCCAGCUCACUGCGCUGGCGCUGGACCUGCGGCGCGGGGCGCCGGUGGGGGAGCGCUUCGGGCGGGAAUUCUUCGCGCUGCCACUGCGCUGGGGCCAACUCACGUGCGCGGCCCUCCGGGACGCCGUGGAGCCGGGCGUGAUCGCCGAGCUCCUCCGGCGUUGUCCGGGCCUCCGCCGGCUCGUCGUCCGCGUGCAAGCCCCAUUCCGGUCCGCCGCCGACCCCGCGCUGGUGUCGCACAGCGCGCUCGAGGCGCUCAUCAUGCUUGGCGGGGACAACGCCUCAGGACACGACGUCACGGACUUCUUAACUGCGGCGGUAGCGCUGCCAAACCUACGCAGGCUGUCUUUGCCCGCGACCACCACCGGCGACCUCCCCCUAGCGCUAGGCACGCUCUUCCCACGGCUCACGGAGCUGUCGCUCUCUCUCAAGUCCGUCCGGAGAAACACGCUGCUCGCCGCGCUGAACGGCACCAGCACCCUCAUGGCCCUCGACCUCCGCUACGACGCCGGCCCGGUCGGCUGGAGCCUGCCGCAGCUGCUCGAGCUCCUCGCGGCGCCGGACCGAAUGCCGCUGCUCGACCGGAUCACGCUAGACUGCGUCGGCGACUUCGAGCUCGCGGAGAUCCCCGUGAGCGACGCGCUUCGGCGCAUUGUGGCAGCGCGCGCGGGCACGCUCCGGGCACUGCGCCUUUGCAAGCCGCAGCACGCAGAUCGGGAAGAAUGGGCUCGCGUGUGUGCGGCGGCAGCCACGCUGGGCGCCGCGGAGCUCGUGUCGCUGGCAGAAAUGCGCGUGGACGAGGAUACGCGAUUGUUCGGCCCGACCGGGCUGCGGCGGGGAACGGACAGCCCAAAGGCUGGCGCGUGGGAGGGGACUCCUGCCGUGAGCACGGAUUGGAUGUCGGUUUGA